CAGCAAUUGUUUACAAAUCGAAACUGUAACGGAAAAUCCCAAAAAAUAAGUAUAUAAAAAUAAUAUGCUUCCUGCUACACGGCGUCGGAUAUUUACGCAGAAGAUUCUGUUCAUGACUCUGCUGCUGCUGCUGCUGGGGUGUUGCUACCUUAUAUACUUGCAGCUUGGAAAAUUUCAGCGAACCAGCGAAAACGUUCAAAGCAGUUAUUACAGGCUGCCUCGCAUGCAGCUCGAGCAGAAUGGCGAUUAUUGGAUCUGUAAUAAUUUCAUGCGCUCCUCGAGUACCCGACUCCGCGGCAAUGCGAGCAUCACACUGACCACACAUGGCACCUACCGGGACUUCGGGCACAUGGACUGGCUGCUGGUGCGCUGGAAUGGUCCGAUUAGCAUGGCCGUCUAUGUGCAUCCGGGUGAUUCGCUGGAGACGCUGCGCAAGCUGUAUUAUAUUAAAUACUGCACCUCGGGCAGCCACAGCUGGUCGCAUUAUGUGUCCCUGCAGCUGGUCUUCUCGGAUAACCAAAUGCCACGCCUCUUUCAACAAAUGGUCUGGAAACGUAUUGCGAUGAUGCCUUGCACGCGGCUGGUCCAAAAAAAUCCCAGCUCCCGUGGGCUUAAAAAUCCGUAUAACUCCAGCUACCCGCUGCAUUUGCUGAGAAAUGUGGCCCGCCUGAAUGCGGAGACUUUGUAUGUGUUCCCACUGGAACCGGGCAUGUUGCCCACACAGCAUUUCAUCAGGAAUUUCUUUGGGUUUCUUCACCGAUAUCAUCCGCGAAAGCGGCUUAAAAGCGUUUACUGUAUACCCAUAUUCCCACAAGUCGGCGAAGAUCUGCAGCUGCCCAAAUACAAAUCUCAGCUCUUGGAACAAUGGAAGCCCCAUCUCCAUGAGAACCGCACGCUGUCUGCCUUUGAGCUCCGAAAAUUGGACAAAUGGCGCUCUUGGCUGGCAAAUCCGAUACGAGAUGGCGACAUCCGCGUUUAUCUGGUGACCAAAUCACCCCACAGUUGUGCCGCCUACGUCAGCAGCAAUGCAGACGAGCCCUUCUACGAUCAGCGCUAUGCAGAGUCCAUUUAUGACACGAAUUCCAGCAAGCUACAAGUUCUGGUUGGUCUUGGUUUUGACUUUGUCGUCUUGGAUGGCACCUUUCUAAUACACCGAAACUCCAGCUCGCAGUUGGAGUAUUCCAGAGAGGCACUGCACCAGGCGAACUCCCGCCAAAAACUGAAACACAUACGCGACCUAAUCAAAUUGAAUACUUUUGCGCAGGACAACAGGAGCGACUAAAGCAUGAGACUUGGCAUUCCAUCUACGCCGACCUCGGACUGCGACUCCGACUCCAGCUCGGACGCUGACUUGGACUCGGACGCGUGCUUGGAGCCUGUGGCAGGGCACUUAAUCAAAUUGUCUGGCUGCUUCUUGACGCCUCUCGUUUUUGGCAUUGCAUUUUAUAUACUACUCUUUGCCCUAUUUUAUUUUUCUUGCUGCUUUUUAAUGCCAUUAGUGGCGUGGAAUUUUAUUUCUCAUUUGGCGUCAUUUUUCAUUUUCCUUGGCAGCGCAUUGCACGCAGAUAAGCGGCCAGAGCUUACUUAUAAAUAGGGUUCGAAGUGACACGUCCUUUUCGGGAUUCAAAAGAGUAUCGCAUGCUAUUCGUUCAUUCACAACAUUAAACAAUUUGUUAGUAGGGUAAUCAACUAGCGAUGGGACUUAUACAUUUUAGUUAAGAGGAACAAAAUGUAAAACAGGUUUAAAAUAAAUAUUUGGAUUAUCUUAUAUUUCCUAAUUUCACAUGGAACAGUGAAAAAUUAGCGGAAAAUAAAUACAAGUCAAUACAAAAAUGUA